UACCCGGAAAUAGGCGAAACCACAACAAAACAAAUUGUAGUGUAAUCCACGGUGAAAUCUAUUUGUUGCUCUUAAACAUCAAAGCAGUUGUAUGAUUGUCUUUUGUUUUGUUUGUCAUUAGUAAAAGAUGGAGACUCGCUUUACGAAAGGUAAAUCAGCCAUACUGGAGCGACCUCUCUCUCGACCCAAAACCGAGGUGAGCGUGUCCGCCUUCGGGUUACUCUUCUCGGAGGUGGUGCAGUACUGUCAGAGCCGCGUGUACUCCGUGACCGAGCUCCAGGCCAAGUUGUCCGAGAUGGGACAGCGAGUGGGGGCCAGUCUGCUGGACGUGCUGGUGCUGAGGGAGAAGAAUGGCAAGAGGGAGACUAAAGUAUUAAAUAUACUGCUUUUUAUCAAGGUAAACGUCUGGAGAUCCUUAUUUGGAAAAGAAGCAGACAAACUGGAGCAGGCCAAUGAUGAUGACAAGACUUACUACAUAAUUGAGAAGGAGGCUCUAGUAAACACUUAUAUCUCUGUUCCCAAAGACAAUAGCACCUUGAACUGUGCAGCCUUUACUGGAGGGAUCAUUGAGGCCAUUCUCACCAAUAGUGGCUUCCCUGCUAAAGUCACUGUCCACUGGCACAAGGGCACCACACUCAUGAUCAAGUUUGACGAGGCUGUCAUCACCAGAGACAAAAGUCUGGAGGGCAAAUAGAGACAAGUCAAAAUGCACCAACUAAAAACUUGUGCAAAUCUCUCAGAAAAGUCUAAAUUCUUGUGUCUCAAUAGAUCAUUCCUCAGAUGAAUUUAGGUUUUGUUUGUUUUUUUCUUGUCUGUUGAGGUAAAUUACACAACAGUGUCCAAACACGUUUACCUCAAAAAGAGAUGAACAAGAGUUCAAAAACUCUGAGGUAUGUUUCAUGGGACCAUCAUUUGAUUUUUAGUUUACAAAGUUUACAGAAUACAUGAUUUACUUACAAUUCAUUUUAAAGGGAUGAUCUGUAUGUCACUGUUAAAUAUGUUAUAUAUGUAUGAAAAGAUUUCUUAAUCUGUUUCUGAAGCAGUUACAGUUUCCGCAAUGGCAACAUUGCAACAAUGGAAAUCUGGUGUUGUCAGCAAUUUGCCAUUGGUGAUUUAAAGUUUGUCCAGUAAA